AUGUCGGCCAAAUCUAACCUUCUAGCCGCCUUGGAUUCAACCAAGGAUGAGCAAAUAAAGCUCUUGCAGUCAUUCGUACACGCCGCAUCUCCGAACCCACCGGGAGACACAAUAGCAGCUGCAAAGGUCUUGGUUGAUUAUUUGUUGGGCCAUGGCAUUACUGCGGAGAUUAUUGAAGCCCAGCCAGGCCUUCAAAAUGUCAUCAGUGACUUUCAAGGAGGGGCGGGCCCAGGACCACGGGUCGUCCUGAAUGGUCAUAUGGAUGUGUUCCCUGUGCCUGCAAACACCGAUGGAUGGACUCGGGACCCAUGGUCUGGAGCUGUUGAAAGUGGACGAGUCCAUGGCAGAGGUGUUGUCGAUAUGAAAUCAGGCACGGCAUCUUUGGUGGUAGCAUACGCAGCUUUGUUUGCUCAGAAGAAACACAUCCGCGGAAGUGUUGCCCUCUGCGCGGUGGCAGACGAAGAGACAGGAGGUCGAUGGGGUACACAGUAUCUCAUCAAAAAAGACCCCGCUAGAUGGGGUGGCGAUGUCAUGCUCAGUGCUGAGCCAACUGGGCAAACCGUUCGGUUCUCCGAGAAAGGGACAUUGAGGAUGUCAGGGUCUGUGGCUACCAAGGGAGCAUUGGGGGCUUAUCUGAACCUGAGCAAAGGUGCAAUCCGUACCGCAACCAGCUUCCUCGCUCAGGUGGUCCAAGAAGUCGAGUCGAUUAACCCAACACCACCUCCUGAGAUCGACAGACAUAUGAAAAAUCCCGAGACUCUCGCUGCCGUCGAUCACGCUAUGGGACCUGGCGCUUCGAUGGUGAUCGCUCGUCCUACGGUGAAUAUCGGUACCAUCAAGGGCGGACUCAAAGUCAACAUGAUCCCAGAGCUUUGUACCUUUGAAAUCGAUAUUCGCCUGCCAAUUGGCCUUGUGGCAGAUCAAGUUCUGGCUGUUAUUGAGUCAAUUAAACCACACUACCCAGAUGCCAAGAUCGAGCUGAAGAAACAAGAGGCUGCGAGCAACCCGAACAGUUUUUCAUCUAUUGAACACCCCUUGCUUGGGUAUCUGAUAGAGAACGCAGAGAAGGUCGGGGCUGCCCGCCCUGCUCUAAUCCCAUCGAUGGGCGCUACCGACUGCAAACACUACCGGUACGCCGGUGUGCCCGCAUACGUGUAUGGGUGCAGCCCAGAGAGCAUGGCUGCGACAAAUGAGUCUGCAUCAGUUGACGAGUAUCUACAUGUAACCAAGGUCCACGCUCUCGCUACGUGGGACUUUUUGCAGUGA